GCGAAGCUUCACGUGACAUCUCAACUGUCAACAUUACAAUGCACCUGAAAUAGCAGUACUUUACCAGUAAAAAAAAUUAGUUCUUGCUCCAGUAUAACCACAAAUACAUUUUACUAAUCGCAUUUCGAAGCAAGAUAUUAAUGUUAGCUAUCGGCUGUUUGGCUGUCACCGCUCAGGUAACAGGAUGGCUGUAUCUCACACCGGCCAGUCCUCCCUAGUGCACAGCUUGGCCACUCUCCUCCGAAAUGAUGGCGACUUGGUGCUGGAUGGCAGCAGCACCCUGACCCUGCAGGCAUCCAGCUUGCAGCAGCUGACCAGGCUGUUUGAACAGUACCUGCUGUCCCGCAGCCAGCAGCACGGCUUCCUGGCGCUGCCCUCUCACCCGGCCGACACCGCCUCCCUGCUGCAGCUGCAGUUCCUGUUCGACGUGCUGCAGAAGACCGUCUCCCUCAAGCUCAUCAACCCGCUGGGGGAGAGGCUUCAGUCAGUGGUGAAAAUCUUUCCGUUCAAGUCUCUGAAAUGCUUGGAGUUGAAGCGAAUCCCCCCACACUGUCUUGAGGGACUCAGAGGAGUUUACUCCCAGUUGGAGGUCUUUACCUGCUCAAAAAGCCUCAGCUCCCUGGAGGAGCUGCUUUCACUCUGUGGAGGCGACCUGAGCUCUGCACUGCCUUGGCUGGAGCUGCACACUCUCAACUUCAGCUACAACUCCAUCGUCUGCCUUGACCAGUCGCUGAGUUUACUGAAUGUCCUGAAGUUUUUGGAUCUAAGCCACAACAAGAUUCAGGAGUGUGCUGAAUUUCUAAAGCCUCUGACUGAAUUGGAGCAUUUGAACCUGGGCUACAACUGCCUGCAGAGGGCGCCAACGUUGGGCCUGAGCGGCCGGGCCAAACUCCUCACACUCAUCCUCAGGAACAACGAGCUGGAGACCAUCAACGGCGUGGAGCAGCUGUCUUCUCUCCAACACCUUGAUCUGGCUUACAACCUCCUGUUAGAGCAUUCUCAGCUGGCUCCCCUCUCCCUGCUGCACUGUCUCAACACACUGAACCUGGAGGGCAACCCGCUGUACUUCCAGAAAACCCACCGAACCUGCACGGUCCGGCAUCUUUCCCCGAAGGCUGCCUACCUUAGACUUAGACUUGAUGGUAGUCCAUUGUCUUCAUCAGAGUUAUCAGUUCUGCCAAAACCAGGGCAGCUGAUUGGCCAGACACAGACCUCUCCUCCAGUUGCCAUGGCACCAGAGCGGGGUAACCAGGAAGUGUCCAGUGGAGCAGGGGAGCUGAGCGACAGUCUGUCAGUCGGGGAAGUGGGAACCGCUCUUAUUCACAAGAAGAAAUCCAGGAGUAAGGUGAAAGUGAGGAGGGCCAGCAUCUCUGAGCCCAGUGAUACAGAUUAUGAGCCCAGACCUCAGACCUCCACAUAUGACAUAGUCCUCCCCCACCAGCAGGAGAUUGAGCGCAUGUCGAGCUUCAGAGACCAGCUGGGUGAGGAUUGGCUGCGGUACCAACACCAUCUAGAUGGAGCGCCGCCCUCUGCCCUCACAGCCCCUGCCAGCGCCAACCAGCCAGCCCCUCACAGUCAAACCCUCCCCAAUGGCCUCAGUGCCACCUCACGUCCAUCCACCAACCCCAGGCCCUCGCCCUCUCCAUCGCCCCUGGAGGUCCCGGACAUCCUCCCCCCGCCGCUGCUCUCCUCAGAGACCAGGGUGGAAACCUCUGAUGGGGAUGCCGACCAGGAGACGGAGUCCACCUUACAGUGGCCCGGCCAGAGCCCCGGGCACACCGAGUCCACCUUGGAGAGCAGCAUGGGUGUCAGCCAAGUAGUGGAGGGUCAGGAGUCCCAGAGGCCAGGUAGAACAGAGAGCGGCAGCACCAAGGAGGAAGAGGAAGAGGAAGACCUGGGAGUUGACCUGUGUCACCCUCUGCUUGUUGGGGUUUUAUCCGACAAGGACGACAAAAAGGGGGAAGACGAGGAGGGGCGGGGGGAGAGAAGCAGAGAGGUAUUUUUGCGGGUCAAACAGGGCCUGCUGCUGGAGGUGGACAUGCAGCGAGGCCAGGAGCGAUGCCGCUUGGAGCUGGACAGCCUGGCUGGGGUGGGCGCCACCGAGGCCAUCUGGACUGAAGGGGAGACAGAGAGGAUGCUUCCAGCACUAGAGCUUCAGUUCCACUACAUCAGCAGAGAGAAAAGGAGGAGAUGUUACGUCAUGCUGGAUGAUGACCCACAGCAGGCACUGCAGGCUCUCACCGACAUGCUGUCUCGUGUGGCGGAGGAAAACCAGCAUCGUGACUCGGUGGUUCACCCCAGCUGUGUUCGCCUGCAGUGCCUUCGCUGUAGGUCAGAGUUCAUGCUGCAGGGAGAGGGGGCUGAAGACACCAUGGGAGGGAGGGGCUGGAGGAGAGCUCCGAUGCUACCAGAGGGCAUUGAACAACUGGAUGGAGAGGACCUUAUGGAGGCCAAGUGUGGUGAGCAUAGCAAAGGAAGCAACAUAAUAUGCCCAGAAUGUGGUAGUGACCACGUUGUCCAGCUGGCUGGCCAACCUAAUCCGUCUUGCAGUACGCCCAUCCACGGUCCCUCAAGGCUGGACACUGUGGAUACAUCAUUAACCCAGGACAACGUUGAUAUCAAUCAGAGCAGUGGCACUGCCAAUAAGGAACUCUUCACAGACAGGCCAGUAUCUAGAGAUGCCAGCCUUAGUGGUAGCCCCAUGCUGGAAGCAGCUACGACCGUGGAAGAUCCCACCCCAUCCUUUGUCACUGCACAGGGAAGCUCCUUUUUCAUUGGGGACGGUGAGGACGAUACCUGGGCUGAGCGCAGGCUGUCCUACAAUACAGAGUGCCAGAGUAAGGAGGAUCUGGCUGGGAGCUACCACUACACUGAUGCUGCCACUACACCACCGGAAGGCCAGAGCCAAGUCCAAGUCCAGCACCCGGAAAGGUCUAGCUCUAGUGAUCAGUUGGACCUGCUGUCUGAAGACUAUGAGGCAGUGGACCAUCGACUGAAGCUUUUCCUGGAUGUGGAAAUCUUUGAAGAGGAAGAGGAGCUUCACUCUUUCCUCAGGAUGUCCACUGUCAAAUUUGGGGAGCCAGGAGAGUUCCCCUCUCUCUUGGUGGUGUCAAACCAGCGAAUCUACUUUUUGGAAAUGACAUCGGAGACCCACAGUGGCCAGCUAUCCGAUUGGCUGCAAAAGAGGGACAGCCACCCAAUCACAGAGCUCAGUUACCUGGAGGUGGGGCUGGGUUCCCAGAGCAUCCACAUGGAGUUUGAAGAAGGGGGUGUGGCCUACACUCUCCUCGUACGGGACAGUUCACGCUGCAAACGCUUCUUUGGCCUCUUGACAGGAAUUGUGCGUGAGAUGGCUUCCAAAUCGGACAGCAAGCUGAGGUCCAUCUCCACCACAAGACUCAACCCUCAGCACCAUUUGUGGCCUCUAGUGUGUGAAGACAUGCAGACAGAGGUGGAUGAUGGCCAGCCACAGUUCUUCUACAUCCUGGCUUUCCUUCUGCAAGAGGACAUUUGGACUCCGCUGACAGUGCUGGCGACCCGGGAAACCCUGUACUUGCUCAACGAAGAUCACCAGUGGAGGAAGAGCUCACCCAACCUGACAGCCAAUGAAAACGCAGACCCCUGCAGCGGGACCGUCACCAUCCUGGAGACCCAGCCAAUCAGCUGCGUGAGCUCAGUCCAUCUGUGGCCCUCAGACCCGUGCAGGAUGAACAUGAAGCUUUACGAUGAGACGGUGAAGCAGGAGAAGACCUGGUCCGUUCGCUCAGAGAGCGGCGAGCUGCUUCAGGGUCUGCUGGCCUGGGUCAGAGCGCGGUGGGAGGCCAUGUUCGGAGUCAAACUCAGCACAACCUUGCAAGACACGACAUCAUGACGGGGGAGAGAAAACAACUCUGUGCGUGUGUGUGUGUGUGCUGGUUUUCGUGAGCGGGACUUUGCAUGUCAGUCGUGGGAAAUAUUUUGUGAGUGUGAGCAUCUGUGUCUUCACUUUCUCUGCAUUAUCUGCACUUAGUCUGGGUACAUUAUGUUGUUGUUUUCAUUGUCUUUUAAGCCUAGUACUUUGACUGCACUCAUUCAUGUGGCGUACCAGCUUGCAGAGGCACUCUUUGUAUUGUUUACCUCUAGAUGCCGUCCCACGUAACGUUUCUACAGCAGAAACAGUGUGUGCCUUAUUUCUUCAUGCACGUCCUGCUGCGUUUUCAUACUGAAAUGCACCUUAAUGUGUCUCUGCUUACUAGUGCUCCUAAUUCACUGUAGCAUCAAGCGAGGAUGGAGUUGAGUUACAUGUGAUAUUUUGUGUUUUUAGAGGAAUAACAAAGGGAGCUGAGAACAAAAUCGUGAGAGGUGUGUGUGUGUGUGUGUGUGUGUGUGUGUGUGUGUGUGUGUGUGUGUGUGUGUGUGUGUGUGUGUUAUCUGCAAAUCCAUCCUUCUUGUUAUCUUGGACUGAGGGCAGCCUCAUCAGCUUGGGGUGCAGUGAGUUGUGACAUCACGCGCUCAACAUGAGGCUGCAGUUCAGUUGCCUCUGCACUGCAAAAAAAAUCUCCCCCUUAACAAAUCAUUUCAACUCAUACUCAGUGUUGAAAAUCUUCCCAGAAAAAAAUCUUUUAGGAUUUUUUCUGGGAAGAAGUCUAAAUAUGUUGAAACAAGGCAGAACAAGGCACCAGGAUCAAGAAAAUGACACUUAACUCAAGAAAGUAAGUGGGAUUAUCUCAUCCCUCUUGACCUUGUUUGGACAAAAACUAGAUUUCAACACUGAAUGUGAGAUGAAAUCACUCGUUAAGAUGGAGUUUUUUGCAGCGUGCAGGUCUCAAGUUGUCAUCCUCAGGCAUUUCUCCACACCUUUUCCUCCCAAUUAGUGUCUUGUGAUGCAUCCAUCCACUGUGUGAUUGUGUAAACAGAAAGGGAUACCAGAGGGGCAAAUUUGCAGAAAGCCAUCAAUCUACUGGAAGAUGGAUUGUUACAGUUAUGCUCCUCUUAACUCGGGAACAGAUGUUUGUUUUCAGGUUGACUUUAUGCAGAAAGUAUCUGUUAGGCACUGUCGUUUCAAAAGUGCAGUUGAUUUGCAUAACUUCCGAUUUUGGUUUAUAUUUGUCAUUUAAAAAUCUAAUAUAGACGCACUGCCGAUUUGUGCAUCGUGGUAAAAAUGUAGCCUGGUGCUGCUGCUGUGAAGUCAAUGCUAUGAUCCAUAUUCUGUGAUGACGCAGCAAAAAUCAAAGCAAACUCAACACUGUUAUAGCUGAAUUUGGAGAAGCCAAUACUUACAACUUAAUUUAUUUGUCUGUUAACAUUGUUUUCAUAAUCAGUCAAGUCAGAAAAGUGUAUUUUUUAUUUUUAUAUGAAUAAAAAAAAGGACAUUUGAUGUAUGGUUAAGUGAAUUAAAAUGGAACGCAUUGAUGUGUGCUCUUUUUCCA